AUGGUUUUGAUGGCGCGAGAAGAAAUCAAAAACUCAGAUCAGAUUUGGUUUCUUGACUCCGGAGGCAACAACCACAUGACAGGAGAAAGACAAUGGUUCAGCGAUCUAGAUGAGAGUUACAAGUAUUCAGUGAAGGUGGGAGACAACUUAAAGAUGGCAGUAGUGGGGAAAGGAAAUGUUAGGUUGGAGAUUGAAGGCGUUUCACACAUAAUCACAAGUGUGUACUACAACCCUGAGCUCAAGAACAAUCUUAUCAGUGUGGGUCAGCUAGUGGAAAAGGGGAUCGCAGUGCUCUUUCAAGAUCAAGAGUGUGGGCUAUACCAUAUAGAGAAGGGUCUGAUCUUGAGUUCUGCCAUGACAAUCAAUAGGAUGUUUGUUAUCAAUGCAAGGAUGAUGGCUCAAGAACCUAUGUGCUUCAAGACAUCGUCAGAAGACACAACUCACCUGUGGCAUUGUCGGAAUGGGCACUUGAUUUACAGUGGAUUGAAAACACUGAAGCCUGGAAACAUGGUCAGACGGUUACCACAGUUGACAGCACCUACCAAGCUGUGCAAGGAUUGCAUAACGGGGAAGCAGCAGAGAGAGAUCAUUCCAAAAAGGAGCAAUUAG